CCCGCCGCCGGAAGAGCCAGGCAGCCUAGCUCCGCGCCAGACGCUGCGCCGGCCGCGGGGAAAUCACCGCCCGCCGCGCAAUGCGGACCCUCCACAGCACCCGGGUCGCGGAGCUGCGGGAGCCCGGGCUGCCGCUCACAGCCGACACAUCCCCGUCCUCGUCGGACGCGAGGGAAGAGCCGGCGGAGGCCGUGGAAACCCCGGGUCCCAGCUGGUGCGGGCUGUGCCGCUCCUGGCUGUGCGGUUCGCGCGCGCAGCCCGAAGCCAAGAAGAAAGCACCCUGUCGUGGACUUGGCUUGUUUUACACAUUAUUGUCUGCCUUCCUUUUCUCAGUGGCCUUUUUAUUUGUUAAAAAAGUGCAAGACCUCCAUGCUGUAGAAAUUAGUGCAUUCCGAUGUGUGUUCCAAAUGUUAGUCGUUAUCCCUUGCUUAAUAUACAGAAAAACUGGGUUUAUAGGCCCAAAAGAUCUACGAAUCUUCCUCAUUCUUGGAGGAGUCCUCGGUUCUACCGCCAUGAUCCUUUUAUACUACGCUUUCCAGGCAACAUCCCUCGCCGAUGCCAUGGUUAUCGCGUUUAGCUGUCCAGUGUUUACGUCUAUAUUUGCUUGCAUAUUUCUCAAGGAAAAAUACAGCCCUUGGAAUGUUCUCUUCACCGCAUUCGCCAUCACCGGAGUGAUCCUCAUUGUGAGGCCACCAUUUGUGUUUGGUUCCAACACUGUGAAGACGACUAGAAGCUAUUCAGAUCACGUGAAGGGCACGUUGGCAGCACUUGGACAUGCCGUAUCUAAUGCCUUGACUCUCGUUAUCCUCAGAAAAAUGGGGAAAUCUGUGGAUUACUUUUUGCCCAUCUGGUUUUAUGUACUGGUUGGCCUCAUGGAGUCCGUCGUCAUCCUCUCUGUAUUAGGAAUGUGGAGGAUACCGAACUGUGGGAUAGACAGGCUCUUUCUCCUACUAAUUGGGCUGUUUGGUUUGGCGGGUCAGGUGUUUCUCACCAAAGCCCUUCAGAUAGAAGAAGCUGGGCUAGUAGCACUAAUGAAGACCAUGGAUGUGGUUUUUGCUUUUAUCUUUCAGGUUAUUUUCCUGCAUGAUAUACCAACGUGGUGGACGGUGGGUGGCGCACUCUGCGUAGUAGCCAGUAGUGCUGGAGUGGCCAUUCGUAAAUGGUGCCAGGGAUCCAAAUGAAGCAUCGUUGCAGAAAUGUGUAUUUUUUACAAGUCCAUCUUCACCGAAUACAAAAACACCACAUAUGCACAUACCUGGAAAAUCAGCACUUAAUUAAUUGAUUAUAUUUAAUAAA